AUGACAGCAACAGUGAUAGAUCAAGCAGAUCAGCAACAGCAACAAGAUCAAGAAAAGCAGAGAUUACUUGUGGAGUCGAGACCAGGUGGUGGUGAUAUUGUUUUGACAAUGGAAGGGGUUGAUGAGAAAGUUUCUUCUGUUGUACUGAAGGAGAUCUCUCCCGAAGUACAUGUUCUGGAAGAGCAGUGUGUUGCAAGACAACGGGAAAUUCCAGGUGAUGUUGCGAGAGGUGGUGAACCACCCGAACCUUCUGCAUCUGCUUCCCGGGUCAAGACUAAAAAACCCCGCAGAAGGAGAGGCGGCAAGGGGCGCUGGAAACCGUAUCACAAAUUAUCGCAUAAAAAAUUUGGUAAGGAGGAAAGGGGAAUCAAGAGAAGGGAAAGCUCUUUUUUUCAAAGAUUAUUUUCCCGUGGUAAACCAAUGGCACCAUACAACACAACGCAAUUCAUAGUGGAGGAUCACGAAAGGCGCACGAUGCUUGCAGAAGCAGCCACAGGAGCUGAUCCAAAUUUCGCCCCUCAUGCCAGAAGAAUACUUUCACCGAACGAAAGGUCAGUUUUUUAUUGUAGUUAUGGUAUUGCUCAGGCAGGAUCGGGUGGAAACACUACAGACACAGCAAGUUAUUCAGGUGCAGAGGAUGAUCAGAUGGAAAGAGAAUUUGACGCUGAUUACGAUUAUGUUAAUAUGGAGCGCAUUUGUAGCAUGAGCAAAGAUGGAGUUGUGCGAGAGUAUAUGCAUUUGGAAAAACUUAAUAGUAAGAUGGGGGAUCGAUUGAGGUUUCUGGAGUUAGAAAAUGAUAAGUUGAAGCAGCUGUUGAAUGAGCAUAACAUCCUAUACGACGAGGUCUUGACCAGAAUACGUAGGCACAGCGCAGCGUCGAUUUCAGAAGCAGGAGAAGCAAUACGUAGAAGUCUAGAUGAAGUCUUAGCUGAGAAGAAGCAAACAAAAGUGAUGCAAUGA